AACGUUAACAGGUAAGAUAUAAACGGAUAAAAACACAUCGCACCGGGACAAAACCUCAGUCUUCUGCCAACUAUCUUGCACUCAAUAAACUUUAAAAAUGACUUUAAUUUUCAAGAGUGUUUUGUUUUUGGGUUUAAUAUUGACUACUUAUAUUGUUUCCGCUCAGCCUGUGAAACAAGAUGGCGGCUCAGCACACGAAGAAAUAUUGUUCCGUGAACACGGCCAGCCGGUGGUGUUGACCUGCGCGCGCGCAGACGACCCUAACCAAGGUGGCAUAAGAACGUGGUUGAGAAACGGGACGCCAUUAGAAGACGGCAAAAUGACACCCGAAAUAAAAUUCCUCGACGACAAAUCACUACUGGUGUUGCAACCCUCGCCAGCCGUGGAAGGGGUCUACCAAUGCUUCACCGAAACCCAUAAGGGCAUUGCAACCUCCCCGAAAUUCAGCGUCAAACAAACUUAUCUCAAAGCUCCAGAGACUACGCCUUCAGUCAACAUCAAACCAGCAAAAGGCCUUCCCUUUAGCUUGGACUGUGACGUCCCUGAAGGAUAUCCGAAGCCUGAAGUGCAAUGGUUCCUACAACACGGGAAAGAUCACACCCUGAUUGAGGCAAUCAUCAAUAAACGGAUCACACAGGCUCCGAACGGAGCUCUUUACUUUUCAAAUGCUACAACCGAAGAUGUGAAUGUGGGAGACUUUAGAUACGUCUGUAUGGCGAGGAAUGAUGCGGUAGACUUGCCAGUGGUGGUGUCGGAAGCUGUCAUCACAGGUCUGAGCAGCGAGGGUGGCAAUGAGGGUAGAUUGGUGGAGCAGUACGUCAGUAAAGAGGUUAGGGCGGUUGCGGGGGAGACCACGGCGCUAUUUUGCAUUUUCGGUGGCACCCCACUAGCCCACCCUGACUGGACCAAAGACGGCAAAAAUGUGAAUGGGGCGCCCGGCGACCGAGUGACCCGACACAACAGGAGCUCAGGAAGACGACUCAUCAUCAAGAACACCACUCUAGAAGAUGCUGGAACUUACCAGUGCGCCGUUGAUAACGGCUUUGGGACUGAACUGCGUUCUAUCAAGGUUACUGUUCAAGCGAAACCUUCAAUAAAGACUGCGAAUGAAGUAGCAGCGAAGCUUGGAGAAGAAGUCAAAAUAUGCGAAGUGAACGGAGUCCCAACGCCAAAACUAACGAUAACUCACAACGCUAAACCGUUGGUUGCGUCAAAUAACGUUGUUAUAACCAACGAUAGAGUUGUUAUAAAGAAUAUUCAGCCCACUGAUCAAGGGUAUUAUGGAUGUGAAGCUGUUAACGAGCUAGGAGGUGAAUUUCGUGAAACUUAUCUAAGUAUUGCCUGAAAUCGGCAUUAUACGUGACUCUUCCUUAAAUUAUAAAAUUUGGCUUAAUAAUUAUUUUAAUAAUAAGCGUUCCUUUUGCAUAGAUUUGUUAUAAAUGAUUUCACUUUAAAAUAAAUAGUUGUAACGUAUAGCAAGCAUAAAAAGUACAUAUAUUUCAUAACAAAA